ACCAUAUCUCUCCACAUCACUCUAUCGCUCUCCUAUUUUCCAACACUACCCCUCACAUUUACACGAAAUUAUCAAAACGCCCCUCCCAUCACCCCUUUUCCUAACGGUUAUUAUACUAUUCUCCCUGGGAAAAACUCCAAAACAGAAUAACCAUGGCCUCGUCGAUGUCAUCAUUUCUCCGUCGAAAACUCCAAUACAAGCCCUUCUUCAUCCAAGUCAGACUCUACUCCGUGAAGCCACCGUAUGAAAGCAACAAAACGACGACGCAGUGCGUAGAAAAAAUCUUAGUAGCAAACAGAGGAGAAAUUGCUUGCAGGAUCAUGAGGACAGCGAAGCGGUUAGGGAUUAAAACCGUUGCUGUUUACAGUGAUGCCGAUAGAGACUCCCUUCAUGUUAAAUCAGCUGAUGAAGCUGUUCAUAUAGGUCCACCUCCGGCUCGGUUAAGUUAUUUGAACGGUUCCUCAAUUGUUGAAGCUGCUAUUCGCACUGGUGCUCAGGCUAUCCAUCCAGGUUAUGGUUUUUUAUCAGAGAGUGCUGAGUUUGCUACUCUUUGUCAAGAUAAGGGUCUUACAUUUAUUGGUCCUCCAGCUUCAGCUAUUCAGGAUAUGGGUGAUAAAAGUGCUUCGAAGAGGAUAAUGGGAGCUGCAGGGGUGCCACUUGUUCCAGGUUAUCAUGGAAUUGAGCAAGAUAUUGAACAAAUGAAGUUGGAAGCAGAUAAAAUUGGAUAUCCUGUCUUGAUAAAGCCAACCCAUGGAGGUGGAGGGAAGGGUAUGAGGAUAGUGCAAAGUCCAAAUGAAUUUGUUGAUUCUUUCUUCGGAGCACAAAGGGAGGCGGCUGCUUCUUUUGGCAUAAAUACAAUUUUGCUAGAGAAAUACAUCACACAGCCAAGACAUAUAGAAGUUCAGGUAUUUGGUGACAAAUAUGGAAAUAUACUACAUUUAUAUGAAAGGGAUUGCAGUGUGCAGAGAAGACAUCAGAAGAUAAUUGAAGAAGCUCCAGCUCCAAAUAUUAUGGAUGAGUUCCGCUCCCACUUGGGUCAGGCUGCUGUAUCUGCAGCCAAGGCAGUUGGUUACUACAAUGCUGGGACCGUGGAGUUCAUAGUCGACAUAGUCUCGGGGAAAUUUUACUUUAUGGAGAUGAACACGCGCCUUCAGGUUGAGCAUCCAGUGACCGAGAUGAUUGUUGGUCAAGAUCUUGUAGAGUGGCAAAUCCGUGUUGCAAAUGGAGAACCACUUCCUCUCACUCAAUCACAGAAAACAAAAUGGUGUACCAAUGAUUCAAAAAUAAACAGAGUAGAGAAUAGGGAGAGAUGGAGGGCGUACACAGUCGAAGAAAAUGAUUUGAAUGUAUUAUGUCAUGCAUUUGAAACCCGAAUAUACGCUGAAAAUGUUUCUAAGGGAUUUCUUCCUGCAACUGGAGUUCUUCAUCAUUAUCGUCCCAUUGCAGUGUCAUCAACAGCAGUUCGUGUCGAGACUGGAGUUGAAGAGGGGGAUACUGUUAGCAUGCACUAUGAUCCUAUGAUUGCAAAGCUUGUAGUUUGGGGAGAGAACCGUGCUGCAGCAUUAGUUAAACUGAAGGAUUGCCUAUCCAAAUUUCAGGUUGCAGGAGUACCAACUAAUAUUAAUUUUCUCCAAAAACUUGCUAGUCAUACGUCAUUUGAAGAUGGCAAUGUGGAAACACACUUUAUUGAGCACCACAAACAGGACCUUUUUACUGAUCCUAAUAAUUCAAUGUUAGCCAAGGAAGCAUAUAGUAAUGCCAAAUACAGUGCAAGUCUGCUGGCUGCAUGCCUUUGUGAAAAGCAACAUUCUGCUUUAAAGGAAAGCCCCCCUGGGCACAGCAGCUUACACCCCAUAUGGUAUUCGCAUCCCCCUUUCAGAGUCCAUCAUCUUGCUAGGCAUACUAUGGAAUUUGAGUGGGACAAUGAAUAUGAUAGCAGUGGUUCAAAGCCUUUAACAGUAGCGCUUUCCAUCACUUACCUGCCAGAUGGGAACUAUCUGAUUGAGUUAGGAGAAAUUGGUUCCUGUGGCUUAGUAGUCAAAGCAAUGCACCUGGAUGACUGCAAUUUUAGGGUUGAGGCUGAUGGUGUAAGCAUGAAUGUUAGUUUGGCUGCUUAUUCGAAGGAUGAGACAAAGCACCUUCAUAUAUGGCAUGGGGCACACCAUCAUCAUUUUAGGCAAAAGCUGGGGCUUGAUUUAUCUGAUGAUGACAAAACCCAACAUAUGACUGAUGUUGAAACUGCAUCUCACCCUCCAGGAACUGUGGUAGCUCCCAUGGCUGGUUUAGUGGUUAAGGUUCUGGUGCAGGAUGGAUCAAAGGUGGAGGAAGGUCAACCAAUACUGGUGUUGGAGGCAAUGAAGAUGGAGCAUGUGGUAAAGGCACCGUUUACUGGCUAUGUUCGUGGACUUCAAGUCACAGCAGGCCAACAGAUUUCAGACAAUAGUCUUCUCUUCAGUAUUAAGGAUGAGUAGAGGACCCUGAAGUUCUGUUUUCAUGACUGCCUGAGGAAAACACAGCAGACUUAAACUGAUUAAGGGAAUUCCCCAGAGGAGUAAGUUCCUCGGUGGAAAAAUUAUUAGUUUAAUGCUUCAACAUAGAAAUGAGGCAUGCAGGAACAGAUAAUCUUGUAAACUGUACAUUCCAUCAUGAUGCAAUAAUAGAUUUAUAAUUUCUUCGAAUUGCUUCUGCCUUGCAAUUCGACAUUUGGUGCA